AUGCGUACCCGCUCGCAGGCCGUGUCUCCUAGCGGAUUCGUCUCGCUUGAGGACGUGCCUCGUCGGCGGAAGACGCGCGCGCAAGCCUCGACGAGCCCCUCAAAAGAUGCGAAGUCGACGGUAAAGAAACCUGCCACCAAACCUGCACCUGCCAAGCGUGGUCGCAAGGCCGCCACGAAGAAGAAAGCAUCCACGAAAAAGGCGACGAAGACCCAGGACGAGUCAUCCGCCGCUGAAGACGCUGAAACUCAGGCCGAGUCUGGUCCUUCAACUGCUACCCCGGAGAAGCCUAAACAGGAUGAGACCACUAAGGGUGAGGUUCAACCCUCCCCCCAACCCAGCCCCAAGGAAACCCCUGAAAAGUCGGACAUGAAGACCCAGGAUGGCCCCAGCCUUGAUGUUCCUUCCCCAUCAGUUGUGAAUGCGGCAGCCAACCUCUACAAUGCUGCGGCAGACGCCAUCAAUUCUCCGUCUUCGGUCAUUCAGGAAGACGUGGAGAAGACUGUGCCCCCAGCAGCCCAGGCGUCGUCUGGGUCCCCUGGAACCCCGCCUGCCCAGCAUACAUCGAGCAUUCCCGAAUUACCCCAGCAUUACAUCCGCUGUCCAUGCUGCUCGGCCCCAUUGCAAUGCCCUAAUGGACAUCCCUACGGCUACUUUUUGGACCCAUUUCCAGCAAGUUUCUUGAGCAGGAGGCUGACCGAGCAUGUAGCGACCGGGUUUAAUGCAUUGAAGCGGUCGUUCGAUGAGAUUAGCGCCGACAAUGAGAACGGUGAGAAUGAUCACGACAAUGAAGUUGCUGCUACACCCUCUCAAAAGCGUCGCAUUACUGGACCACCCGGUAGCACGCCUUUCGCCCAUCGAACCACCCCCCGUCGAUACACCGCAAACAUGAAAUCCUAUUCCGAGCAGCGUCGCCGCCGGGAGCUGGAGGCUAAAGGGCAAAUUACAGCAACUCUGUUUCGUCUUCCUCAACUUGUCGCCCAGCAAGAAGCGAAAGCUGCCGCAGAGGAGUCUGAGAAUCCUGCUGUCGACGAGACCGACCCCUUUGUGGAGAAACCUAAUGCGGAGAAAUCUAACACGCUGAACGAUGAAGGAGAACCAGCAGCGUCGUCCGAACCUGCUGCAGAGCCACGAACUCCAGAGACCCCACGGAGUGCCUGGGUUACAACUGGGGAUGCCGUAGUUGCACCUGGUGAUGCUGACGUCUCGCCAACUCCAUCAGGCAAAAAGGCCCGUGGCCAGGUCGACGCCGAGAAGCAAAUUCAUCGUGACCUAUCAUACUCGCUCUUCCCAGCUGGUCUCGACAAGCGUUUAUACCUGGGAGACGCGCGAGAAACCCCAUCAAAGGCGGAGUCGCGUCCGGCCAUUGAAAAACCAGCGGAGAAGGACACUCUCACCCCACUGGCAGAGGUGGAGAAUGCCGCCAAGAAACGCAAGCGGGCUCCUCCCUCCCCCGAUGUGAUCCCAAAUCCAGUUGGAGUUAGCUAUGGGAUGGAUUUGGACUUCUUCACCUAUAGUAGUCCAGAGAGUGAAGAGUCUGACACCGCAGACACCCCCCAAAUUGCUUCCGCACUUCAAACUCCUGCUCCUACUACCGGGCGAUCGGAUCCGCGGCCGCGGAAGCGGGUUCGCUUCGACACCAGCCCUCAGGAUACGCCUUCAAAAAUCCGUGCCCGUGCAACUGAUCCAUAUGUCGGCCGCCAGUUUAUCGGACUAGAGGAUCCUUUUGUCCCUCGACCCGAGGGCCCGCCAUCGUUGGAACGCCCAACUGACGCGGCCGAGCCAGCAGAACAUACACCGCGUACGGCUGAGCCCGCGGCUGAGCCCAUGGCGGAGCCCUCCACACCUACUCCAUCUACGCCAGCUACGCCAUCUCUCCCACCAGCAUCUGCUUUUGAUAGUGAAGCAUUGGCCAAGGCGCGUUCUCAGGCCGAGAAGUACAAGCCGAAGACUCCCAGUGGUCUUCGUACUUCGAGCCGCUACUCAUCGAGCCCACUGCCUUCUCCCUCUGAACGGACACCCACUACCAAACCGACCCCUGUGAAACCAGCUACUACCGAACCAGCUGCUACCGAACCAACUACUACCGAACCGGCUACUACUGAAGCGACUCCAUCCAAACUGGCUACUCCUGCUCAGCCGGCUACUCCUCCUGAACCGGUUACUACUGAACCGGCUACUGCUAAACAAGUUACUCCCACUGAACCAACUACUUCGGCUAAGCCGGUUACCUCCUUUAAGCCCACAACUCCUGGUGAACCGAUAACCCUCUCGGCAGAAGAGCUGCACGAAUUGAAGGAGUUGUUUGGGGAGGACGACGAAUAUGCGCGGGAUGCCUAUGAACUGUACCGCAACUGUCCUACCGGAGAUCUUCGGAAACUGUCCUGGCCAGAGUCCGGACCUCAGGCUGAGACUUUGGGCGCUCCCCCAGAAGCAGUCAAGCUCGUGAAACAGAUGAUGACCCCGGAGGAGUUGGAUUUCGGUUAUGAAGCUUUCUGCGAGGGAUUUGAUGAAUUCAAGAAGUCAGUGGACCUGACCAAUGACUUGGAGUUCGAGUAA